CUUGAAGCUCUUACUCCUUUUACCUGCCCUUCUUUGUCUGUCCAUCUGGUUCCCUCUGUUCUCUCUCAAUUUUACAAUUAUGGGUUCUCUUAAAUUCCAAUUAGCUCAAAUGGGUUUCAAUCAAACUCGCCAAGUUCGCAAACCCCAACUCAGUGCAUUGAAGAUCACCUGUGGAUUGAGAAACGGACCCAGGGGACCGUUGUGGAGGUCAAGGAUACUGUCCACAGAAGCCAUACAAACAGUUCAGUCUCUGAAGUUAGCAAAAUCCCCAGCUAAAUUAGAGGAAGUUUUCAAUACCAGACUCAGUAGACUAUUGAAGGCUGACUUGUUGGAUACAUUCAAUGAAUUACGAAGGCAAAAUGAAUUGGACUUGGCCCUCAAGGUGUUUGGAUUUUUGAGAAAGGAAGUGUGGUAUGAACCAAAUCUAUCCUUGUUCAGUGACAUGAUAUUGAUGUUUGGAAAGAACAAACAGAUUAGAAUGGUUGAAGGGAUUUUUUCUGAACUAAUUAAAGAAGGCCUGAAACCGGACACCAGAGUUUACACUGAGCUGAUCGGAGCAUAUUUCAAAGUGGAGAUGAUAGAGAAGGCAAUGGAGACAUAUGAACUAAUGAAAGCAUCAGGUUGUGUCCCAGAUAGGUUAACCUUCGCCAUUUUGUUAAGAAGCCUUGAAAAGGGGGGAAAAGAAGAGCUUGCAGCCACAGUAAAGGAAGACUGCACAGAAUACUUGGACUACCCUAAGAAAUUUCUUCUAGAAGUGGCAAGGACAUAUCCAAACCGGAGGUCACUAAACCUUGUUUGAACGCAUGUUCAUCUCAAAGUUCGAAUUGAGUUUGUAACAGGCAAUGGGCAAGCUGAUGACACUGGUGAUGAAUCAAGGUUUGCAGCAAAGCCAGAGAAAUGAGGUAGAAGUUAUGUUUUGACCAAAUUGUGGGUAAAUUUAAGAUACUACAUUUAUACGAAU